CCCUUAAAUGGAGGAGUCAAGAGUCCAAGCCUGCAUGCAGUCUCUCUGCCAGUGUUAGUGCCUCACAACAUGUGGAAAAUCGCAAGGACACUCCUGCUGACAUGCUGCCUCCAGGCAGCUCUCGCUCAGACCCACGGUCGCAAAAACGUUGUAGAUCACAGGAGGAGCAUUUGGGAAGACCCAAUCCAGUUUGUUACCAAAGGCACCAAAGAUGAAUGCUACAUUAGUGUGGCGGGACAAGGCAAUCUGACUAAGCUUCGCAUCUCAUGCCACGGGCAGGAGCGUUCUUACUGGUGCGAGUACCAGGGCAAGCCUCAUGUCUGCCGCUCCUACAACAACAAUCCACAAAAUUAUUUCACACAGAUCAUGUGGAAUCUCCGCAAGUUGCAGAAUGCCUGUCAGGGCCAGCAUGUCAUUAAGCCUCUCAUGUGCAAGAGAGCUUCCGAUGAGGCCCAGAUGGUCUUCACAAUCUCAUCUUCACCUGACAUUAUGCCGAAGGACAGGCCCUCCAGACCGGCCUCUGCCAGCCCUGAGCAGGUAAAACCACAACAAAGCAGACGAGAGCAGAGACCAAAGCCUACUAAACCACUGCAAACACAGCUCCAAGCACUGAGAGUCCAAAUGGCAAGAACUCCUCAGGACAAGCCGAAUCAGCCCAAAGCAGUCAAAUCCACCACAACGAGGAAAAUACUGACACCAAGGCCAACUGGGCCGAAACCAACCCAGUCAGUACCUCUGAGGGAAUCCAAGAAACUUGCUCAGGACUACUGCUGGCGCUCCUUUCAGGGUGUGUGUUCAUUUGUCAUUGGAUGGUUCAAAAACUAAGAAAAAGACAACAAACGCCAUUGAAGAUGACUCCAAGUGUCUGACAAUGUGAAGGGUUGAGCUGACAGAGACAAAUCAAAGACAUCGUGUUCUUGAAAUCGAAAAGACUGCCGGGUCAGCGGUAUAUUGUUAUGUAUUGAACAUUUACAGAAUCUGUGAUUGAAACCUGUGUUUUUGUGAAUUCUUUGGACAUAAUGUGAUUACACGUGUAGCAUGUUUGAACAUGUUUUGUUCUCCAUACAGUAUAUGAUGAGGUAUUGCAUCUUAUCAUGUGUACUGAACAUUAUGUGUGUAGAAUAAUCUGUAUUAAUCCUUGCUAUAUUAUGUAUUUAUGGGUGCUGCUGACCAAUUACGGGUUAACAUUUUUGCUGUGGAAUUUUUGGAAAACAAAUAAAGUUCUACAGAAGGUCUGUUCAGAUUGCAAUCAGGGCCGUAGCAUGGAACUCAAGGCCCCCUGCCUGUAUAUUGCUCUGGGCCUCUUACCUAUUAUGUAAAUACAGUUUUUAACUUUUUGGGUACCCCCUGGACCUUUGUGCCAUAGAAUCAUUACCAAUUUUCACCCCACUAGUUACGGCCCUGAUUGCAAUAUCAGUGAGUAUGGAUAAACAAUGUACAUGGAGAUUUCACAGUGUCUACUGCAUUUUUAGAGUGGAGUAUAUAAUGUUUACAGGUCAUACUCGAAAUGUAUAAAUGUUGACAUGUUGUGAAUAAAUUUGAGCUCAAUUCACCUUUACAUUCUGUGUGAAUUUCCAAAAGAGUGACAGCAGAAGGCACUAUUGCGUUAGAAAGACUUGGAAGUUUGGCUCCAUUAGGGUUUUAGAAAUGUAUUUCCUUUGCACAAUUUUAAAAUGGUAAUCAUAGUUUUCAUAGUUACAAUACCAUAUGUAUGAUUACAAUUAUUGUUCUAUAUUAGCUAUAUUAUAUAUUUUUGCAUCCGAUGGGUCAUUCU